AUGAAGUGUGUGAUUGGGGGGGGCCACCUCAGAGGUCAGCCUGUGCAUGUAUCUUCUUUUCAUCUAUGUUUUUUCAACAUUACUGCUGGACAGCUGGGUCUGAAUCAUGUCAGAAGGAGAAACAGUUACCCCUUCCGUUCAGUUCUUCCUGUAUUCAGAUGUGUAAAUAUGCUGGAAAAGAAUGUAGAGAAAUGCAACAUUUAUACAAAUAUCAAUGAUCAUCACAUAACUUUUCAGCUUAUCUGUAAGCAUGGUAUUGUAAAAACACAUAAUCUGACUUUUCAAGAAUGUGAUCCACUACAGGCUGUUUUUGCCAAGCACAUGUGUCCAAAUGUACUUAAACUCCAAUCCAGGCUGCUGGCUGAUAUAAUGAUUCACUUUCCAAUGAGUCAAGAAGAAGUAACCCUAGCUGUUACUCCAGUGAAAGUUUGUUUCAAGAGUUACACUGAAGAAGACACUGACUUUUCAAAGGCAAUGCAUACUGAAAUACAACUAAAUCCAGAUGAAUUUGACUACUUUCAAGUUGGAGUGGAUUCUGAAGUAACAUUUUGCCUUAAGGAAUUGAGGGGACUACUAGCAUUUUCAGAAGCUACCAGUACUCCUGUCUCAAUCCAUUUCGACAUAUCUGGAAAACCAAUUGCUUUCAGCAUUGAAGAUAUGGUGCUGGAAGCCAGCUUUAUUUUGGCUACCUUAUCUGACAUUGAAAACGAGACAGCCUCUGAACAGCCUCCAUCCAGCUCGAAGACGUCUAUGAGUAAGUCUGAAAAAACCUCUGUGGAAAAAGACAGUAAUUCGGAAGCAAUAGCUUCCAGAAAGCCACAAUGGAAUGGAAAUUCACAAAACAUGGAGCUGGAAGCACCUAGAAGUCCUGUGGCAAAACAAGAGAUAAAAAUCUCUCCCAAAAUCUCAAAUAAAGAUAUAGAAGGAACUACCGUAACUGAGACGGAUGGCUAUACAAUGUUGGAAGCAAGAUCAACACGUUCCGAUUAUCACAAGUUUCAUUCCUUGUUUUUUGGAGCAGUCUCUUUUAAGGAGAAAGAUGCCAUUAACCACAUCUUCCAUAGUUUAGCAACAGCUAGUGACACUGAAGAGGAUUCUGUCAAUAUCCAGAGAUCGCAAGUUCUCUAA